ACAGCACAACCGAGAGGUUUAAAUUCAGGACCAGAGGAAGAGCGUUUCUUUCUCAGGACAGCAGAGAGGAUUAGGUGAUACACCUGCGUUCACAGGAUUUAUCUUGGAUCAGAACAGACCAAGAGAUGACAGUUUCUUACAGUUUUGAAGUGGCUGAUGCCAAAUUUGGAGGCUUCUCUAAGCUUCUGUUCAGGUGGAAGGGAAGUAUCUACAAGCUGCUGUACAAAGAGCUGCUGGUGUUCUGUGGAGUGUAUCUGUUUUUCAGCAUGUUAUACAGGUUCAUCCUUACAGCGAGGCAGCAGGACCUGUUUGAGCGUGUUGUCCUUUACUGUGAUCAGUUCACCAACACCAACUUCAUCCCAGUUCUAUUUGUACUGGGUUUCUAUGUGACCCUGGCCUUUAACCGCUGGUGGGGUCAGUACACCAGCUUCCCGCUGCCUGAUAACCUGAUGAUGGUGGUGUCGGGAAACGUCCACGGGGCAGACGAGAAUGGCCGUCUGCUGAGAAGAACUCUCAUGAGAUAUGCUAACUUAUCCUCAGUUCUUAUUCUGCGCUCCAUCAGCACAAGAGUUCACAAGCGUUUCCCAACUUUGGAGCACUUAGUGGAGGCUGGCUUUAUUACGACACCCGAGCUGAAAAAGUACGAGUCUCUUCACUCGGAUUUCAACAAGUACUGGAUUCCGCUGACCUGGUUCUCCAACCUGGCAGCCAGAGCGAGAGAGGAGGGUCGAGUAAGGGACGACAUCGCUCUGAGACUGCUAAUGGAUGAGCUGAACAAAUACAGAGCCAAGUGCAGCCUCUUGUUCCACUAUGACUGGAUAAGCAUCCCUCUGGUCUACACUCAGGUAGUUACGUUAGCAGUUUACUCUUUUUUUGCCUUCUGUGUGAUUGGUCGCCAAUUUCUGAACCCUGAGAAGGGAUACAAGGAUCACAAGCUGGACCUGUACGUACCAGUUUUCACCGUGCUGCAGUUCUUCUUCUACACUGGCUGGCUCAAAGUGGGGGAGCUGAUCAUCAAUCCAUUUGGCGAGGACGACGAUGACUUUGAAACCAACCAGCUGAUCGACAGAAACAUUCAGGUUUCAAUGCUGGCUGUAGAUGAGAUGUACCAGAACCUGGCUCCAAUCGUUAAAGACAAGCACUGGGCACAGAGUAAUUUCUCCAUCCCCUACACUCUGUCAACAGCAGCAGAGACUCUCAACCCCACAUUCAAAGGUUCCACCUUUGACAUGAGGAUGAGUGCAGAGGAUCUUGAGGUUCACCAGCCUUCAGACACUUCUGGAAAGAAACAGUUUUUAUCUCUUAACGGCUCUCUGGGUGAUGGUCUCAACAGUCUUCUACAGAGAGGCAGAGGAAUCCUGCAAGGUGGGAGCCUCCCAUCUCUGACUGACGUCUCAUUGCACACACGUGAGGAAGAUGAUGAUGAUGAGGCUCCAACUGAGAGUAACGCUGAAGCCAACAAACACCAAGAACAAGAAAAGCCAUUGAUUAACGUCGUGGUGGAACAAAACCUGUGA